AUACCACGGUCUCUACAGAAAUUUCUCACAUAUAUACAUAUUCUGAUCCCAAAUCUUGUGUCUGAGAAUAUAUAUAUAUACUAUAAAUUUUUGAAAAAACGCAAGCUUAAUAAUAUUAAUUACUAUGUCGACGGCGGCAAUGAGUUCAUCAUCAACAUCAUCAGUUGUUUCUCUUUGUUAUUACGAUUCCGGUGUCGUUGGUCGUCGUCGGAGAUCUUACCUUCCUCCGCCGCCGCCGCCUUCAACUUCAAACCUUCGUCCCUCGUCUACUCAUCUCCUCAUCAAGCACACUACUCAUUAUUAUUCUCUCCUCAAAAAUACAAACAGGAAUAUGUCUGUGAAGAACAAUAUUUUGGCUGACUUAUUACCUCAACUUCCUUCUGAUAAUAAUUCAGAUCUUGGUUCCUGGAAAAUAUGGCUUAUGGGAAUGAUUGUAUCAGUCAUUAUACCGUUUUGGAAGAACAAAUGGGGACCUUUGCAAAAACUUCAAAAAGAAGUAGAGACAGUGGUGGAUUCAGCACAAGAAGUAACAAAUAUGGUGGAAGAGAUGGCAAAGAAAGUAGAAGAAGUAGCAGAUGAACUGGGCGAUCGUCUUCCUGAGGGUGGAAAGCUUAAACAAGCUGCUUUAUUUGUUGAAGAUUUCGCCAAAGGAACUAUUCAUAAUGCCGAUCUCAUCGAAGAUGUUCUUGAAAAGGUGGAGGAAGUAGAGAAUAAGGUUGAGGACUUUCUUGAAGACCAAAUCAAUAACAAAGAGGAAGACAAAACUGAUGAGAAGAAGACUCAAACAAUGAAAUCUCCCUCUAGCUAGCUGUCUGUCUGUUUUUUGUUUUUAAAUUGAUGAGACAAUGUAGUUAUUAUUCUACGUUAAUUAUUGAGGAGUGUUUGUAAUUAAGUACCUAAGCUCCAUGUUUUUAUUUGACUAUGUAUUGUAGUACUAUAUAUAUUAUUACGUUUAUUACAAUUAAUUUCUCAAA